UUAGGAUCUCACUUCCACCUAAAAAUUUGAGACUCUGGCUAUUAAGGUUCAGUUACUGUAUCUCUCAGGUAAAAAGAACCCUUAAUUAUUCCGCUAAUUAAAUUAUUAUUAUGUUGCGCAUGGACUCUUGUUAUAUAUCCAUGUUGCUUAGUGUGUAGGUUUCAGAGCAAUGGCUGACCUAGGGCUAGCAGGAGCUUCACAACCCUUCAAACUUUCUAACAGGGCGACGAAAUUUGAAGCCGAAGUAGAUGCCGCGGAUAACCCUUCAGCUGAUAUUGGAAAAUCAAGCUUCUUGUUGAGUAGAAUUCCGUUGUUUGAUGGGAGUGGAUACGAGAUAUGGAGCAUCAUGAUGAAGACUAUGUUUAUAUCCCAAGAUCUUUGGGAUUUAGUGGAGGGAGGUUAUACUGAAAAAGAGCUUACUUUUGAAGAGUCAUUAUAUGUUCGAAAGAAGGAUGCCACAGCGUUGUUUUUCAUUCAGCAAGCUAUAGACAAAUCUGUCUUUUUCUGCAUUGCUAAAUCCAGAACUUCUAAAGAAGCUUGGGAUGCACUGCAAAAUAAGUACCAAGGAGAUCCAGAGGAACAAAUAUCAUGGAAGCUGGAUGAUGAAUCCGUUUGUUCUUUCCCUGCUUAUGCAAAUGAAUCAGAAGAAGCUUCUUGGGAUGCAAUAGAGCAGGGGUAUCAGUUUUGUGGCAAGGUCGUGGAGGCAAAUACAACUAGUGAAGAGUUGGGAGAUUUCAACAAUAAUUUUGUCUACCAGGGGUGGUGCAGUGGGGAUUCCUCUGGUGGAUUCAGAGAUGAUAUUAGUCUCUCUGGGGAUGGAAUCGGGAAAGACUUGGGAGACUCCAACAACAAUUCUGUCUCUAAGAAAGGUUCGAGAGGAAAUUCCUCCCGUAAAGGUCGUGGAUGUAGAAAUGGUGGACGCCUUAAUAGCAAUGGUGGUGGCCGAGAUAGUAAGCACCUUAACAAGACGAAAAGCUGUGGAGGUGUAGACAGUGAUAAACCCGUAAACCCCAACCAUGGAAGUCGUGGAGGUGGAGGUCGUAGAGGUAUAAACAGUGAAGGCUUAAAUGAUGCAUGCCUAAAUGACAAUCAUUCUGAGUGUGGUGAUAGCAAUGAUCCAAAAAUUGAAUUGAUUUCUUCAACUCCUGGUAAUGCAAUCAAACUUAAUGAAGCUCAGGGUGAACAAGAACAGACACACACAGCUUCUACUGAGGAUCUGAAUUCAGAGGCACAUGUGCAGCUUCAGUCUCAAGAUGGGAGCACCAGUGGCAGAGGGAACCACUCCCGGCAAGCUCAGAAGAAUGGCAAAAAAGUGCGUGCAAAAUCUUCUGUCAGCAAGCAAGAAAGAGCCUUGGAAGGAGAAAAGAAAGAAUUCAGCCCCAAUAAGGUUUUUGUGGGGAACUUAUCGGAAUCCACUACUGCAGAGGAUCUCAGGAAAGUUUUUGGCUGUUUUGGUGGAACAAUCUCUAGUGUUGUUGUUCCUAAAGAUGGAGAUGGAAAAUCAAAGUGUUUCGGAUUUGUCCACUUUAAGGAUGCCGAUGACGCGGCUUGGUCAGUGCAAGUGCUUAAUGGCCACCAAUUCGAUAACAAAAAGUGGAAGGUGACAAGAGCUUAUAAGAGCAAAUCUGCUGGAAGGGCUAAUAGGAAGAAACCCGCCGAUGAACUGGCUCUUUCUUGCACUGAUAGUAGUGGUACUAAAUCAGAAAAUUCUGUGGAUGAAUCACUUCAAUCUUCCACUGCCAAAGCUACUAAAACAAAAAGAGCUGGGAAAGCUGUAAAAAAAGAGUGCACAACCAUGAUUGGCCCUGCAACGGUAGAAUGCACUUGAUACGAGUUAUAAUUUUGAAACUUGAAAUUCGGCUUGCAUAUUUCAACACACAGCAGACACUAAUAUUUCGUAAUGAGUUCAUAUAUAUUAUUUUUAUUACUCCGUAUAUACGUAGUAUAUACUUCCUCCGUUCUUAAAUAAG